AUGCCCUUCAUCACCGACGGCUCUGCUACGCAUCCUGCGUGCCCCAGCACCAAGCUCCCCCGAUACGAUUUACGAGUUCACGAUGACGAAGAAGUCGCCAGCACCACAUUCCACGAGGUUUCCAGCGAGAACCACACUCUCCCCACCGAGGCCUCUGACAUCUUGACGGGCUUUGCCACAUUUGUCUGUGGCGUCACGGAUCUCGAUGCCGCCGGCUUCCUGGCCACCACCACAGACGGACAGCGCCAACUGUGCCUUGCCUCCGUCACGAACCUCCACGAGCCGCGAUCUUUCUCAUCACAUGCCACGACGCUGACGACGGUGGCUGCUGAAGAGGGCGUUGACCAGCACGAUGUUGACUUUGAGAUUCGCAUUCUCGCCGCAGAAGCCACUGCUGCUCCCGCCAACAAGCCAUUCACACUUACCGUCCGCACCGACGCGACCAACACAUCCGCUGCCACCCUCACCAUCUCUCUCUCCACACAAUACGGCCCCGUCAUCGCCGCCAACAACCUCCUCCAGCUCGCCGCCGCCUACCUCUCUUCCUCUGCUCCCGUCUUCUCACAGCUGCCUCUGGCUCAGCUCAACACGCCACCAUCGGCGCCUCGACCGCUAACAAUCCGUCCCGACAUGCCCAAGGACGCCAAUGACAUGCACCCAGAAUACGAGGCGCUCCUCUACGGCGCCUUUGAACGCCGCGUCGCUCAGUUCCCUGACCACAUUGCCGUCGAGGGUCUUGUGGACGAAGAGUCUCUUACUAUUCAAAAGUGGACGUAUGCCGAGCUCAACGCCAAGGCUGACGCUCUGGCCGAGGAGAUUCUCAUGCUCGAAGCUACGCUUCCUGGGUGGCAGCCCGCGUACAAGGCACAGAGAGCUAUUGCCGUUUUCCUCCCUGGAAGCCCAGAAUUCUACGUCUCGAUUCUCGGCACGCUAAAGGCUGGUCUUGCGUACUGCCCUCUACCAACUGAUGCGCCUGCCCAGCGCCUGUUUGACAUUAUUGACGAUAUCAAGGGAUCUGUGGUCCUCGGUGUAGGCAGCACGCCCUUCCCUGGUGUCGACUUGUCAGAUGAUUCCUCCGAGGUUGUCCAGGCUCUGCGAGAGCUCACCUGGGUCGACGUGAACAACAUGCAGGCCUGGCGUGCCGAGUUGCCUGCCAUGGAGCCUGCGGCGAGACACCCUCCUGUCGAGGAUGAUGUUGCGUACAUCUUGUACACUAGUGGCUCGACCGGCAAGCCCAAGGGUGUUCUAAUCUCGCACUUUAUGGCCUGUGCCUCUAUUCACACCAACGCCAGCAAGCUCCAGCCGCUGCCCAACUUCGAGGCUCUGCGCUGGCUGCAAUUCGGUCUGCCCACCUUUGACAUGUGCACAGGUGAAAUCUUCCUGGUGCUGAGCCACGGUGGCACACUCUGCUCGGCCGAUCGCCAGCUGAUGUUGUCGGACAUGGAGCGCAUGGUCAACCUGUUCAAGGCUACCGGCAUGUUUGUCGUACCCAGUUUAGCUACGCUGCUUCGCCCCAAGAAGCUUCCUACACUGACGCAUCUCAUCUGCGCUGGCGAGUUUGUCAUCAAGUACGCCAUUGACAACUUCUCCCACGAUGCUCAACAGGCCCCUGGUAUUCUUCAAAAGCGCAUGAUCAACGUCUACGGCCCGAGUGAAUGCGCCAUUGGUAACACACUCGAAGUGCCAACCACUGGAUCUCGUGGCUCCAUCUCUGGUGUUGCUCACGACUGCAACUCCAUCUUUCUCGUGGAUGUGAACAUUACCGAUAGACUUGUUGAGACGCCCAUGGGUCUGACCGGUGAGCUUGUUGUUGCAGGUCCCAUGGUAGGCUAUGGCUACUUGAACCGCCCUGUCGAGACAGCCAAGGCCUUUGGCGAACACCCUACUCUCGGCCGAACCUACAGAACCGGCGACAAGGCGCGUGUGGUCUAUGCUGAAGACGGUGAGGCUCGUGUUGAGAUUCUUGGCCGCUUCAACAUGGAGCAGGUCAAGCUCAACACUCGCCGUGUCGAGCUGGGUGAUAUUGAGUCUGUCGUGGCUCAGGUCGAUGCCGUUCGUGAGGUGGUGACUGUUGUUCUCAACGGCAACUUCCUCGCCGCCUACAUUGUUCUGACCGGCGAUGGCAACAACACCAAUGAAGAUGCCGUGAUUGCUGAGUGCAAGGCCGCUGCCGACGCCGGUCUGCCCAACUGGAUGCGCCCUGCUGCCUAUGUCGUUCUGCCCAAGAUUCCUCGCAGCUUUGGAGGUAAGGCUGAUCGCCGUACACUCCAAGCCAAGGCUCUCGAGACCUUUGGCGCCAGCGUUCCCAAAAGCGAGGAUCUUGUCCCUGCCGGUGUGGCCAGCGAGCUUGUUGUCGACUUUACCAGUCUCGACAGCAUCCUCAACAUGCUCCAGGUCACGCUGCGUUCCGCUCUCGGCGAGCGCAUCGUCACGGUUGAUCCCGUUCUCGCUCUCAACGCCUGUGGUCUUGACAGUCUCGGUGGCAUGAAGUACCUGCAAGCCCUGCGCAAGCUCGAUGUAGAAGACCUCACUCUCCGCGAUCUCUUGACCGGCAAGAGUCUGACCGAUAUCGCCAACAUCAUCCUCGAAGGCCACAAGGCCGGCGCUGCCAACGACGCUACCAUUGACGCUGAUAAUGACGAGAUCCCCGAGCUCGAGGACGAAGAGGAGCUGCUCACACUCCCACUUCCCGUCAAGCUCAAGCACUUUGCCGUGACCACGCGCGAGCAGGUCUGCAAGACACUUGAUAUCACCCCCGAGGAUAUCCAGGAUAUUCUCCCCUCGACCGGCCUCCAGACGCGCAUGAUGUCCAACGUGGUCGAGUGCCGCGAGUUUGGCGUCAACAAGCCCUGGGUCGAGCACUUCCCCUACAAUGUUCCCGCCAAUGUCGACCGUGACCGUCUAGAAGUUGCCAUUCGCGAGUCCUUCAAUGCCCGCGAUGCCUGGCGCACCACCCUCAUCGAGGUCAACCACCCGCUCGCUGCUUACGCUCAGGUCAUCUACCGCGAGGACUCUCCCCACGGCCAACACCCCAUCAUCAAGACUGUCGUCCCCGUGUACUCGGAGAAGCCCAACAGCCUGUGGCAGCUGACCAUCAACAACUCUCAAAAGGCCGCCGAGGAGGUCUUUGGACCCGGCAGCCUAGCAUCCGUCAUCACUUGGAUCACAUCCGCCGACAACGCCCACUGCACCGUCAUCUUCUCCGUCUUCCACCCCUUCUACGACGGCGUCGGUCUCGAACACGUCCGCCGUAACAUUGCCGAGACAUACCACGGCCUCCCACGCUCUGGCACUGGUGGCCCAGGCAUGCUGACGCCCGUCAAGCAGCACUACGGCUCCGACUGGCUCGAGACGACUCUCUUCUGGAUGCGUCGUCUUGCUGGUGCCCCCGCAUUCUCCAUUGGCAAGCGUGCCAACGAUGCCUCUAGCCGCCAGUACACAACCAUCAACCCUGGCGUCGGCGUAGCCAGCGAGGCCAUUGACUGCAGCUACAGUCUCCAGGACCUGCAAGAGCUUCCCAAGGAGCGAGGCCUCUUCUCCCCUAUUGCUGUCAUCCACGCUGCGUGGGCCAUGGCUCUAAGCAAGACGCUCGAGGGUCCCAACGCGCCCAACGGCGGCACUGAUAUCCAGUUUGGCGGUGUCUUCCACGGACGCCAGAGCCCCGAGGCUAUGGACUCUGUGGCCAUGAUGCUCAAUGCGCUGCCCUCGCGCGUGCAGUUUGCUGCCGACAAGCGCAUCACGCACCGUCAGCUGUGCGAGGAGAUGUUCAACGAGUACGCCGAGUCGCUGGCCUUUACCGAGAUGCCGUGCCCCAACAUCCAGUUCUCGCGAUCCACGCGCCGUUUCGACACUGGUAUCAUUCUUCAGGCCUUCCCCAAGCAGGAAUGCCACGUUGAUUUAAGCGGUUUGCCUGCCUUUAGCCGCUUCCACGAUCACACGAUCCCCUGGAGAGAGACCAACACCGGCACGCCCAUUCUCAUGGAGAUGUGGCCCAACCCGGCAGGCGAUGACAAGAAGAUUAUAUACCGUCUUUCGUACAGUCAGCUGUGGCCUGGCUACGAGUUUUUGACACCCGAAUACAUCCGCGGUUUGAUUGCGCUGUUGGAUGACGCGUUGGUUGCUAUUCUGGAGAGGCCUGAUGAGAUUUUUGCGCCCCGCGAGUAAAAGACCUGUGACCCAGCGACGAAAAAUAAAAAAAAUUGAAAAAAAAAAAAGGAAAACGAAUUAAUAGCAUUGUAUUCACUCUAAAUUUGUAUACUAUAGAUUUGGUUACUUUGAUGGAUUUAAUACGCAAUAUAAAGACAUGAUGAUCGAUUUGGUUAGAGUUUUGCUGCAAAAAUGUGAUAGAAAAUAUAUAUAUAUAUAUAAAAUCCUACAAAAUAUACAAAAAAAGGAUUCAAG